AAAUGCUACAAAAUGCUCUUUUGUCAUAAGGAGAUUGUUUUUAUGGUGAAGCAUUUUUAGGCUUCGUUUUUCACGUCCACUGCAACUUGCAGGGGUCACCCUUUCUCUCAUCACAGUUUAACAGGCUGACCCUUGCUGUUGCAGGAGCACAGAAGGUGUUUGUUCUGGGGGCUUCCUCAGCUGGUCCCAGCUUUGCUUACUUGUGGUUCUGCUGGGAGAUGACAGGAUGGAAAUUUGGCUUCAGUUAGGUUGGGAAAGACCUCUGAUGUCAUCAGGUCCAACUUUUGGUUUUCAUCACCUGUCGCCUGGACAGUUCCCUUCUAGGGAAUGUGACUCCACCACUCCCUGGGCCCAGUUCCAGUGCUUGACCACCCCUUCUGUGAACAGAUUCUCCCAAUGAACCUCCUGUCAAAGCCAUGUCCUGCCAUCCUGUCACUGGCUGCCUGGCAGAGGAGCACCUGGCUCCAGCCUCCUUUCAGGUAUAUGUCACAAGGAAAACAUGCAGAAGCAAGAGAACUAAUGUAUUCAGGGGCUUUACUGUUCUUCAGUCAUAACCAGCAAAACAGUGCUGCUGAUCUGUCCAUGCUGGUUUUGGAGUCUUUGGAGAAGUCGGACGCAAAAGUAGCAGAAGACCUUUUAGAAAACUUGGCUAAAUUGUUUAGUUUAAUGGAUCCAAAUUCUCCUGAAAGAGUGGCUUUCGUGUCCAGAGCACUAAAAUGGUCCAGUGGGGGAUCAGGAAAACUUGGACAUCCAAAACUACACCAGUUACUAGCUAUUACCCUGUGGAAAGAGCAAAACUAUAGUGAAUCUCGGUAUCACUUCUUGCACUCGACAGAUGGUGAGGGCUGUGCAAAUAUGCUGGUGGAAUACUCCUCGUCCCGCGGAUACCGCAGUGAGGUGGACAUGUUUGUAGCUCAGGCAGUACUACAAUUUCUCUGCUUAAAAAACAAGACCAGCGCAUCAGUUGUUUUUACGACAUACACACAGAAACAUCCUUCGAUAGAGAAGGGCCCGCCCUUUGUGCAACCACUGCUAAACUUCAUCUGGUUUCUCUUGUUGGCAGUUGAUGGAGGAAAACUAACAGUAUUUACAGUAUUGUGUGAACAGUAUCAACCUUCGCUGAAAAGAGACCCCAUGUAUAAUGAGUACCUAGAUAGAAUAGGACAGCUUUUCUUCGGAGUUCCACCCAAGCAGACCUCGUCCUACGGGGGAUUGCUAGGAAAUCUUUUAAACAGUCUGAUGGGAACUGGGGAAGAUGAUGACACAGAAGAUGGUCAGGAAGACAGCAGUCCUAUCGAGCUCGACUGAAUGUUGUUGUCAUUGGGUGCCGUGUAAAUCUGAUGAUUCGAUGACUCCAAAGACACUUUUGGAAUUUGAAUCCUGCAGUUGUUUCUUGGCUCCUAAAAGGGCUCCUCUGGUCUUUUAGAAAUGGUUGCUGAAAUGUUUAUACUGUCGGUCUAUAUUAUUUAUGUAAAAAAAAAAGAAAGAAACCAACAAAAGUAGCCAAACGAACCAAUCGGAGCGGUUGUUAGUGGGUUUGCGAUCCAGCAGCUGGGACUGAUUAAACAUAGUCUGCGGUUUCUGAUGCAGUAUUCCCUUUUGCACAGUCUUUCAAUAAAGCAUAAACAUGGGGCUUGUCCUUCACAGCCUACCCAAUACCAUCUGUGUUCUGACAAAGCCUCCUUGCCCUCUGCCCUCUUCCAAGGAAGAUCUCGAAAGGCAGGGGGAGCAAUUGAAUAAUUGAUUUGUGAGGCUGGUGCCAAAAGUACUGCGAGACGAGCCAAGCAGCAUAAUUUGAGAUGCACAUCCAAGAGACAUUGAUACAAGAACUUGCUUCCACUGCCAUGAGUAACAUGCACACCCUUCAUACUGCCUGCCCCUCUCCCCAAGGCCAGGCUCUGGCUGAGCCCACGCGUGUGUUUAGCCGAUACUUCCUGAAAAGCACAAGGUUGAAUAGCUCUUGAGUAAAAGCCCAUCAGUGGAAUGCAGGUAAUUGGCUUCCAGGUGGAUCUCUUGCCUAGGUAUAAAAAUUUGGUAUUGAAAUACGUCCUGUGGCUUGUGGCUGUACUUUGGAAGAGAUUUUGGUAGUGUAAGUUCCCAGCUGUACGUGCAGGCGGCAGCAUUGCUGUGAGCAGAGCAGUUUGCCCUGGGCAGGGUGUGUGUUUGAACUGGGCUGGAUGGCAAGAAAAGGGAUACUGCAGAGCUUCUGGUUCUUUAUGAUAUAUUUAUUUUUCUUGGGUGAUUGAUUCAUUUAACACUUUCUGUUAAAAAAAAGAAUAAAUCAAUAAAUAAUGGAGUAACUUCACCCCCAGCAGUAGGCAUAGCCAUUCUCCAUCUCCUCUGUAAUGCAGCACAGUCUGGUACAGGGAACAGGUGAAAGGGUGGGGAAACGCUUUAUUUUUUCAUGAUGAAAAUAAAAAGGCUUAGAUUAAUAAACAGCAAUCAUGCAUGGGGGAGGGAUUAAUACAAAUUUAUUGACUGUAUGAAAAAAAAAAAGGCAUUGACAGGAAGACUUUGUGUUAAUUGUGAAGUCUCAAAUAAACACUUUAUACCAGGA